AUGGGAUGUUGUUGUGGUAAAGAGAAGAAGGAAAAGACUUCAAAGUCAAGUGGUAAACAAUCGAGUGUAAAGGUUGAUACGACAGACUCUACACCAAAGUCAAUAUAUAAUGAGGUGGACAAGAAGAAUAAAGGUGAUAUAAGGGAGCGAUUGGAGGAUGCACCCAACGAUGCCAAUGCUCUCACAGACUAUGCCAUCAUCCUAUCCAGUGAGGGCAAUGACAAAGAGGCGCUGGAGACCCUGAGGAGGGCCAUCCAGGCCGACCAAGACAACUCCAGAACAUGGACCGCCUAUGCCGAGUACUACGAGAGGAAGAACGACUCUGCCAAGGCACAAGAGAUAUACAAAGAGGGAUACAAGCACGCUUCACCAAAGAUUGCACUGGACCAGGACGACUCUGAUCUAUUGCUACAUUAUGCAAUCAAUUGCAAGAAGAGUGGAGAGUUGGACAGAGCAGAGAAGAUGUUCAAGAAGGUGGUUACAUCAGGCCCAACAAACGUUCGUGGUCUUGGACUUUAUGGCGAGUUCCUGUUGGAUACACGCAAGGAUGUGGAGAGAGCUGGACAAUACCUCAAACAGGCUGCAGACCUUGAGCCAGCCAGCGCCUACUGGUGUCAUCGCUAUGGAGAGUUCUUGCGCGACCAAAUGAAGAACGAUGCCGAAGCCAACUUGUACUUUAAACGAUCAGUAGUGGGCGUGUCCCAUUAA